AUGGCACAAAAUUUUCUCCCUUUCUUGGUUUUCUCUCUCACCAUCUUCUUGAUUUUGACCAUUGUCGAGUCUCGUUCUCGUGCUAGAAUGUACGUUGGAUCACAGUGUCGAUCAACGAUACAUCCUGAUCUAUGUGUUCAAACACUUUUACCUUACGUAACCAAAACCGGACUACCAAGUCCGAAACUAUUAGCUCAAGUUUCACUGGCCUCAUGUCUAUCAAAAGCUCGGUUCACCAAGACCUAUAUGAACAUGGUAGCGAAGAAACUCAAUGAAACGAAGAACUCUGAAGACUAUCAAGCAAUGGCAGAAUGUCUUCAUCAAAUCAGCGAUGGAGUGAACCAAAUCACGCAAUCGUUUAAGGAGUUACAACAAAUGGGAAAAGAUGGGGAUGAUAACUUUUUGUGGCACGAGAGUAACGUGCAAACUUGGGUCAGUGCGGCCUUGACGGGUGCCACAACGUGCAUGGACGGGAUUGUGGUGGAUGGAAUAGAUACUAGCGAAAAGGCUAUGAUCAGAGCAAGGAUCUUGAAGGUGAAACAACUGGCUAGCAAUUAUCUUGCGUUGUUUACUCAUUUCACGACAAGAUAUCGUGCUUCACAUGGUAUCAAAAUCCCUAAUCGAUCAUAA